GCUAGCAGUAACGUUUUACUCACUGUUCUGGUGAGAUGUUACUCUGCAAGUGAAGCAAUUUUUAUUUACAGGAUAUGUACAUUAAUACUUGAUACUUCAGAAACCUUGAAUGGAUUUAACUGUGGUGUUAAUUGUAACGAAAUGACAACUCGUGUGGUGGGAACUUUAACGGGCAAAAAAUACAGAGGUCGUGUUUAAAAGUCUGUGAACCAUAACAGCACUGGGGAUCCGCGUGUCGGUGUGGACAUGUCUUACUUGGAGUGGGCUGAGAGUCAACUCGCAGAGAUAGAGCUGCUGACCAGCAUGUUUCCCACCCAGGAGGAGCUGGAGAUGACAGACCAGCUGGCAGUGGCUGAGCUCAGGCACUAUGUGGAGGGUUCAUCAGACAGCCCCCCUCCAUCCAGACCACAGUUCCUCAUAAAGCAGAGUGUGGAUUCUACAUGCACAGAAAAGAUGGAUGUUAUCUUCUCCUGUGCUUAUCCAUCUGAAUACCCCAGUGUGUUACCAGAGAUAACAGUCCGGUGUGCUGGGCUCAGCAGGGCCCAGCAGACCCAGCUCCAUGCAGAUCUCAACACAUUCCUCAUGGAAAACUGCCAGGGGGAAGUAUGUGUGCUCACUGCGGUGGACUGGGUGAAAGACAACCUGCAGCCCUUCAUUAGUCGGAGCUUAUCUGCAACAGCAAUACCUAAAAAAGAGUCUGCCCCUGCACGGCCACAGGAAGUGUUCAGCCGACUGUGGAUCUACAGUCAUCACAUUUACAACAAGACGAAGAGGAAGAAUAUUUUGGAAUGGUCUAAGGAGUUAUGCCUGUCGGGAUUUAGCAUGCCCGGAAAGCCCGGUAUUGUGUGUGUGGAAGGUCCUCAGUCUGCCUGUGAGGAGUUCUGGUCCAGAGUGAAGGUUCUGACAUGGAAGAAGAUCAUGAUUCGACAUAGAGAGGACAUUCCCCUUGAUCGUCAGGGCGAGGACGACAGCGCUGUUAAAAGUAUAGACUCUCUGCGCAAAUUCACAGGCUUUGAAGAAGCAAUGUUUGACCCCCAUGGGAACAGAGGUAAUCACAUGGACCUUGGGCAGCUCUACCAGUUCUUAAAUGAAAAAGGCUGUUGUGACGUCUUUCAGAUAUAUUUCGGCAUUGAAGGGAGAUAGAAGUCAAGUAAAAAUUUCCCCCACAGGUUCGUAUUUGGCCCAUGCCUUAUCUGCUUUCGACACUAAGUUAAUAAUAGAAAUGCAUUCGGUGGUUUUAAAUGCGGCCAGCCAAUGUAAUGGAGGCCAAUGUAAUAAAUAACAGGAAAAAGCUGAUAAACUGAACUUUAUCAUUGGAAAUUAAUUAUGUUUGAGUGUGUUAAGGAUGCACCGAUCUGACUUUUUCAGUUCCAAUGCCGAUACUGAUGAUGGGACCUUGCAUAUUGGUCAAUACCUAAUGCCGUUCCGAUACUGUUAAUUUAGAGCAGAGGUUCUCAACCAAGGGGGACACUCUCCUGGGGGAUGUGAGCACAUGGGGGAGUCGCAGGUGACAUCGUCAACCAUGCGUGCGGGUGGGAAGCAACUACUGUUGUACAUCACAACUGUAUAAAUCAGUUUUUGGGGGGGCUAUAGAGCUAUAUAACCCACCACGUCCUCCACAUACAAGUCCGUCACGUUACUUUUAGAAUUACGUUCGGCAUGCAUGACGUAACCCGUGUUGCAAAAAUUUGAAGGGGAAGGAUCAGUUGCUUUUGCAGAUCCCCAAUCCAGCUAAAAUGUUAAUAUCGGGGCCGAUAUCCAGUCCUAAUAUCGGAUCGGUGCAACCUUAGGCCGUGUUGAAAACUAGAUAUCUGUUGAAGUGGACAUCCAAGUCAAGGUGGUGAACAUCUGAAUGAGUAAAUCUGUAAUUCUUGAACUUAACAUGAAAAUAAUGGUGAAAAAUCUAGUCAAUUCUACUUUCAACUUGAUUUUUUCCCCCUGAAGUUAGUAAAUCCUGGCGUAAGCUAUUGAUCACAUUCAAAUUCUGUCAAUACCAAGCCCACAAAUCAACCAUAACAUUCUGACCACUUACAGGAGAACUGAUAAUACUACUGAUUAUCUCAUUACAAUGGGACCUUUCACAGGGUUGGAUAUAUUAGGCAGCAAGUGAACAUUAGUCCUUGAAGCUGAAGCAAAAUGGCAAUGUAAGGAAAUGAGUGAUUUGACCAGGUCCAUAUUGUAGCAAUGACGACUGGGUCAGAGCAUCUCCACAACUGCAGGUCUUGUUGGGUGUUCAUGGUCUGCAGUGGUUAGUACAGAGAAAAAUGGACUAAAGAAGGACAUCCCAAUCUCAGGACAAUUGAUAAUUUGUGAAAGGUUCUGGAUAAGUAAGUCCGAUCCACACCUUCAGAGGUCUGGUAGAGUCUAGGCCUCGGGUCAGAGGUGUUUUUGUGGAAAAAGGGGAACCUACACAAUAUUAGACAGGUGGUAAUAAUGUUCUGUUCCCAUAGAUGAUCAAUUGGUUGUGGUCUGGUUGGGGUUCUUUAGAUUCUUUUGGUAGGUACAAACCACUUUAAGAUCUGGAGAUGCUCUGACCCAGUGAUUUGACAUUAUAAUUUUCUCCGUCAAAGUUUCUCAGACCUCUACUUUUACCCAUUUUGCCAUUUCCAACACAUUACCUUCAGUGACUAACUGUUCACUUGCUGCCUAAUAUAUCCCAUUCACUGACAGGUCCCAUUAUAAUUAAAUAAUCUAAAUUAUUACCACUUUACCUGUCAGCGGAAAUAAUCUUUUGGCCAAUCUGUGUUCGUCUGAUAGCUAAACUUUGACCUCUCCGAGACAAAAGGGAGUGAGAAUAUUUUCUAAUUUGACAAAGUCAGUUCUAACACUCACUGUAUCAACUAGUGGGGAAGUUUAUCAAAAAA